AUGGUUUCUCAGACUCCUUUCCGCGCUGCCGAGUUCCGCAGUGCCCACGGCCCCAACUACCACUACCAGCCCAACUUCCAGGGCAUGACCAGCCGCAUGGCUGCCCGCACUGGUGCCAAGACCGCUGCGUUCGGUGGUGCCCUCGGCUUCGCUGCCCUCUUCUUCGCCUCGGGCAUUCCCCGUGUCAAGACCGACAUCCUCCAGGGUCUUCCCCUGAUCGGUGGUUACUUCAUCAAGGAGGUCCACCCUGCCGACAACGAUGAGGUUUUUCACAUUCCUCAGGCGCAGAAAUAUUGUGAAGGCAAAUGGAGCGAAUGGGACGACAAGAUCACUACACCACCUGGACUAUACCUCUUGACCACAAGUUUCUCCGCGACUGGAUGGUGGAGCAAGAUCAUUCUUGCACCUGGCUGCGGCGUGUUGUCGUUGCGCACUGCGAACGCCAUCGUCUUAGCCCCCCUGACUGCCGCCGCACUAGGAUGCAGACAAGCCAUCGAAUCGCUGGGUAAUGGACACGGUUCGGCAAUACGUCUAGCCCCGUCAAGCUAUGCCGUUCACACAGCUUUGAACAUUGCGCUUUUCCCACUCUUGUUCUUCUUCUCCGGACUGUACUACACGGACGUAGUGUCGACGUUCGUCGUCCUCGUUGCUUUUCAAAACUCUCUGCGACGCAUGGGACCUGGUCAGCCUACGACGGCACGAGACAUCGCUUCGGUGACUCUUGGUUUGAUGGCUCUUUUUAUGAGGCAGACCAACGUGUUCUGGGUUGUUGUCUUUAACGGCGGGCUGGAGGCUGUCCACGCCGUCAAGACGCUGCACCCAGGAAAAGCAAGCGCCCCAAGGGGGUUGACGCUCUGGGGGAAGCUCAAGUUCUCUUUGGGAAGAUGGAUGCACGGAGACCUGCACGACCCGCCCCUGAAUAUGGCCUGGGAAGAUGACAUGCUGUUUUCCGCACUGAGCCUUCUCGUCGCCGGCGUGUACAAUCCACUCCGUGUUGUUCGACAAAUAUGGCCACACAUCACUGUCCUAGGCGUAUUUGUGGCCUUUGUCGUCUGGAACGAGGGUGUGGUACUGGGCGACAAGUCCAACCACAUUGCAACUGUGCACCUGGCACAAAUGCUCUACAUCUGGCCCUUUUUCGCAUUUUUCUCACUCCCACUGCUCCUGGCCUAUGCCUGGAACUUGGUCUCAUCAGCAAAGAACGUCAAGAUUUGGACCGCGCGGGCGGCGCUCCUCAGGUCUGCCUACGUCUUGGCCACAACUUUACUAUCCUGCGGGAUCGUCAAGUUCAACACGAUUGUGCAUCCGUUCACACUUGCCGACAACAGGCAUUACAUGUUCUACGUUUUUCGAUACACCAUCCGGCGGUCGGGUGCCAUCAGGCAGUUUCUCGUCUUGCCUUAUACCAUCUGCCGCUGGCUAGUCUGGAACACAUUGGCCGGCCCUGAGAACAACGGGGCAAUCGGUAGGAUCUACAGCAGUCAUCCCUUCAAGGCGAUCAAUGCGAGAUUGCUCGAGGCUGCGAAUCCCUACCUACACUCCAACGACAAGCCAACACCUGAUCAGGAUCGCCCGGCGGAGAGCACAGUUCCCGUAGCCACGACGCCUGCCCCCACAUCGACUGCGCUCAUCUUCCUGGUGACAACCUCUCUGUCUCUCAUCACGGCACCACUCGUCGAACCAAGAUACUUCAUAAUCCCAUGGGUAACAUGGCGCCUCCUGGUUCCAGCAUGGCACCCGCCACAACCCAGACAGCAGCCAUCUACAGGCUCGAUGGCCAAGUUCCAAGCCUGGACAGCAAUGUACGAUGUCCGGCUCGUGCUCGAGACCGUCUGGUUCAUCCUUAUCAACGUUGUCACCAUUGCCAUCUUCCUCUACAAACCAUAUGUAUGGCGAGCAGAGGACGGGACAGUGCUGGACGGAGGGCGCAUGCAGCGAUUCAUGUGGUAG